AAGAAUUCGAAAUAUUUCCUGUUUGAUCCACCGGGAAUAUUGACAUGUCUCCUCCAGUUGUACAAAUUUAUUCGUUUUAAACCCGGAAGUGGAUUAAAGUAAUGCAGGAAAGUGGAUGUUAAUAGGGACAGUUUGUACUUACCGGUAUCUUAUCGCUUAUCUACAAAUCAGCUUACCUGAGCAUUUUGUAACAUUUGACGUUGACAGCGCGAGAAUGAACGCCUACAGGGGGAGAGGAAGAGGCAGGGGUUAUUUCCGGGGUGCGAAAACCAACCCACCACCUAGCAUGAGAAGCCCCCGGAACCCACCAUUGAACACAAACCAGAGCAUAUCACAUGACAAUAAUUGUUGCAAUGGAAUAAGCAUCGUUUUAGAGUUAGAUCUCGACAGUACCAGUUUUUUAAAUGAAUUGAAAAGCAUGUGGAAUUUGUUGAAGAAAAGUCCGCCAGUUGUAAACAAAUUGCACCAAUAUUUUCAUCUAUGUGAAAAUCCGUAUGAACACACGAUAAGAUUAAUGUACAAUUGUCAGGAAUUUAACAGCGCAAAGAGCAAGUCUUUGCCGUUUUUUAUUAUAGAAGAGUUUAAAAUUUGGUUGUCUGUACAUCGGAAUAAAGUUGUACAUCUUUUAACGCCUAAGUUGAAAAUUGACGUGUUUAAAAUUAUCUCAAAACAGAAUGCACAAAAUCUGACGAAGCUUGUAGUGGAUGUGUAUGAGAUGGCUCAAGAUGGGGAAAUAUUUCUGGACAUAAUCAAGUGUAUGAUUGAACGAAAAAGGUACAAAGAGGCUUGCCAAAGCGCUGUGCUAUUUAAUUUACAAGACAAAUUUUCUGUGGAAGAUUUUCUGCUUCCUCUCAUUUUGCAAGAUAAAUUAUACGGCAUCGAUGAUUUCUUGACCGUUAGUCCCCGACAUCAAGUUGAAUUGGUCACACUUUUAGAUUCUACCUUAGGUAGGACGUCAGUUAGGGAUGCCUUAGCGUCGUAUGUGUUCAAUUUAGAUGUUCCUGAUAUCAAAUGGGAUAAACUGCAUGCAAAACCCUUGAAAAAGUUAAUAACUAGACUUGUUAAAAUGUUUAAGCUUCCAACAAACAUAACUCCAAACUUAAAUAAACGAAGAAACGAAGGUGCUUUACAGUUUUUGUUGCACAAGAGGUUUGUCGAAAAUUCGUUCGGUGACGAAAGUUGGAAAGAGAUGGUUCAGGAGGCUAUCGGAGAAGAUGAAGAAUUACAAAGGGAGCUUGUAGCCCAAGUUAGCACCUAUGGGGCAGUUGCUGAGGCUUUAUGGUGGGCUCAUUUUUACAAUGUUGAUAAGCAACAUUGGCCUUAUAAUGUGAGGAUGCUUGAAGAAAACCCAGAUGAGGAAAGGUUGCAUCAAAGAAAUAUAUUACCUGAGGAGGAGUCGUGGGGUUACGACGAAGUACAAAAUACCGAACCUGUGGAAUAUCAUAAAUUUCCGUUACCUUUCUCUAGUAUUCAUUUGAUAGAUUCUGAAGAAUCAUUUGAGCGAUUUUUAGACGGUGGACUACAAGACGUCGAAGUAGUAGGAAUUGACUGUGAAUGGAAACCAAAUUUUGGUAGCCAAAAAAAUGAGUUAGCUUUAAUGCAAAUAGCAUCUAGAAAAAACGUGUUCAUUCUUGAUAUAAUCAGUAUAGGAACCAAAGUGCCGCAUUUAUGGCAAGAACUCGGCAAAUUCCUUUUUAAUAAUUGUGAUAUUUUAAAAUUAGGCUUUGGGUUCACCAGUGAUAUCUUAAUGAUUAAACAUUCUUUACCUGAACUUAAUUUCACUCCGAAACAAGUUGGAUUCUUAGAUUUGUUGUCACUUUGGAAGCUGCUGGAGAAGUACCCCAAAGUUGUGUUGCCAUAUGAAGUACAAGGUAGUGGGCCCAGUUUGGGCACUUUAGUGAAUCAAUGUUUGGGCCGUCCUUUGGACAAGUCUGACCAAUUCUCAAACUGGGAAAAACGCCCUUUGAGGAACAGUCAGUUAGUCUAUGCUGCACUUGACGCUUAUUGCCUGAUUGAAGUGUACGAUGUUAUCAAGGGUUGUUGCGAAAAAGCUGAGUUUCCCUUCGACGAAACGUGUUAUAAUCUAAUGACAAACGAGAAGGCGCCGAAAAAGAAGGCCAAGAAACCGGUCCAAAAAAAACCAAAGCCUCUUCAAGCUGAUGAAGAGAUAGCGCAACCUCCAUCUCCUCACUCAAGUCAAGUGCCAGCUGCGUCGAUUAAAGUUGUCUGUGAUACAAUGUUACAAGGUUUAGGUAAGAAUCUGCGAAGGUGUGGAAUUGAUACUGCCAUUCUUGAAAAUUAUAUGGACCAUAUGGAGUGUGUUAGAUAUGCUCAAGAUGAACAACGAUAUAUUUUGACGAAGGGAAAUGUUUUUAAUAAAUUAUACGGAUAUGUGCCACUAGGACAUUGUCUUCGAGUCAACAGUGAUAACGUCGACGAACAGCUCAAGGAGUUCGUUGAUUAUUAUAAGGUCAACGUGACAGUGAAUGAUGUGUUCAGCGUGUGUCAGUCGUGCAAUGGCCGAAGCUUUAUUAAAGUAUCACGGUCAACGAUGUUGGCCUUAACACAAUCGCAAAAUUCCCUACAAUAUGUCCCCCCUGACUACGAUAACGACAUAGACGAAGCAACUGGUUUUUCAAGUGAUGAUGACUUCGAUUUUGAACCUGGACCACCAGUUCAGACAACAAGAAAAUGGGAUCUUUAUUCGGAUGAAAAGCUCGAUGUUGGGUUAUGUCAGACUCGACUUGGCGCAAAAAUACAAGUAGCAACGAUCCCUGACGGUGUUUUAGAAAAAACGGAAUUAUUUUAUGUGUGUGAACAUUGCGGAAAAAUUUUCUGGGACGGCAGUCACUUGGAAAGGGUUCUAACCGGAAGACUUCAAGGAAUUGUGCAAUGAAUGCGUUUUUAAAUCUAUCUUAUGGUGGUAUUUUAUUACUUAAAUCAGCUUAGUUAAAUGUCAUUUCAGUUUUCUAACCAUUAUGGAAUAAAAUUAUAAUAUUUUUAUUGAGUAAGGUAACACGACCUGUCUUAUUUGCAUGUGGAGUAGUACAAAAGUGAUCUGUAAAUAUGGGACAGAUAAUUUUUUAAGGUGCCGUUGUAGCUUCGUGGAAAGUAUGCAAAUACCAGUUCAUUUUUUAAUUGUAAAUAUGGAAAAUUGCUUACCUAAUAAGUUAGGUACAAUGUUUUUAGUAACGAAUAAUUUAAUUUUUUUUAUAAUUAGGUUUUUUGCUGUUGGGUUGCUAGGGAAGUCUCUAGACAUUGUUGCAAAAAGUUAUGAGUAUUAUUGAUACAUAUUAGCUGUUUCAAAACUAUAAAAACGCCAACGUUGCAUUUUACGGAAUUAUUUUUUUAACUAAGAUUGAUAAAAAUGUAAAAGUUAAUGAUUAAAUCUCUCAUUGAAAGUAUAAAUUACAUUAGCUAUUAUGCUUUUGAAGUGCACGAAUAAUUUAUAACAUCUAAUUUUGGGAGAAAAUGCGACGUUGGCAUUUUUAUAGUUUUGAAACAGCUAAUAGUAAUGAUAUAAUUUUUUUACUAUUUCCAAUUAGAGUAACUAAAACCGGUAUUUACAUAUUUAUCUACUUAGUUUUUUUCUUAUGUGUUGAUGCGAUUCGUCUUUAUAUAUUAUUAAAAAAUAAAGUAAA